UGGGCGGUGAAAAUGAUUAUUGAAGAGGUUCUCGGGCCUCAGUUUGUAACUGCGUCUCCUGGCGAUGUCAGUAGAUAUUUGGAGGCUCCUGUUAAUGUGAAAACGUCAUCUCAUAGUCCGGGUGUUCCCCGGGCACCAGUACCCCUUCUGCUGGUGACUACUCCGGGUGUUGAUGCCCUGCAGGACGUGAUGUUGCUGGCUAGUCGCAAACCUGAUGUUACCGUCACCAAUGUAUCUCUUGGUCAAGGACAGUCAGGUGUGGCCGAAGCAGCGGUGGGUGCUAGUACCCGUGAAGGCGGGUGGGUGGUACUGCAGAACCUACACCAUGCUUUGGAUUGGCUGCCAACCCUUGCUAACAUUAUUACACGACUUUAUAGUAGUAACGCUAGGAGCCUAACAUCUACUGAUACUACCGUCCUCAAUCACAAUUUCCGACUUAUCCUCACCAGUGAGCCCACAGAUGAGUUCCCAGUGUCGUUGCUACGUGGUGUUGAGAAGGUGUAUGUAGACAGUCCUGGAGACGCACAUCAUGCACUACAGGAAGCCAUCGCUAUUGUUACCCGUCAUGCCUCUCACUUACAGUUUGAAGUUGAGGAGGACGAGGAAGAGGCGGCAACAUAUCGCUUGCUUCAUGGUCUGGGUAUUUUCCACACUAUUGUUAGUGAGAGAGGUCGUCACGGCCACCUUGCCUGGGCUAGUCCACCCACCUUCACCACUGUUGACCUUGCUCUUGCUGUCAGUGUUGUUACGUCGAGUGCCGAGGAGGGACAGCAGGUUGACCCUGAGACCCUGGAGUACCUGGUGGGUCAGGUGUUCUACGGUGGUCGUGUGCGGCGGACUGAAGACCAGCAAGUGAUCGCUAGUAUUCUCAAGGAUGUUUUGGCGAUCUCGCUCAAGAUUCCCGAAGAGGAGGAAUAUCCUAUAUCAGAGGAGGUUGGUGGUGCACAGGACCCGUGGCAUGCAGAUGCCGGUCAUGCUGGAGCAGAUGACACUGACGAAGUGGGUCUUGCGCUACUUUUUCCUGAUUACAUUGAAAAACUUGAGGACCUUCAAGAUUUUGUUAAGGGAGUUACAGAAUUUGAGAGGCCAGAAAUCUUCGGACUACCAGUGGGAGUACAGCACCUUCAGGAGGUCGAGAGUGGUCAACACUUCUUGAUGGCUCUGGCUGCCGUCGGUGGAGCGCAGACACUUCAAGGAUCAGCGGAGACCAGCGUAGCUAAGCAACUUUAUAAGCUUAAGAAAAUGGUACCAGCGGAAAUAACUCAGAUUGAAGAAGUCAAACAGAGUGAAGACAAGGAGUUAGUUGAUUUAAUCAAGAGAGAAGUUCAGCAGUACAACAACAUUCUGCAUACCAUCACAAUGCACUUAGAUGCUGCUAUACAAGCCACAACAGGUGGCAGCGGGCGAGGUUACGGGAACGAGGCAGUAAUAUCGGCAGUAGCACUGGGUCACACUCCACACUGCUGGUUACAGAUGUGCACUCAUCCUGCACCCACUGCACUCCAUCAUUUUAUCCGGGAUCUUAACGUCAGGAUAAAUUUCUUCAGGAUGGUAGCUGGUAGUUUACUGUAUAUCCAAAGGCUAGCUCGUUUUGAGCUCAACAUCCAUCUUGAGGAAGGCAAGGGCGACUUUAUUGAGCACACAUGUGGAUGA